CCAAUCACCCAUCAUCAACGACGCCCCCCCAACCUCAAAAUUUUGAACCAACACCUAAACUCUUGUGGACAUUAAAGGAUAGACUAUUAUAUGUUAUGAAUGAGCACAAUGUUACAAUGCAAGACUAGAAUUAAAAGUAGUUCAUAUUCUUUGCAGUCACAGUAUUUCUUUAAUUUUUCAAAGUAACCUCAGAUUUGAUUUCUGUACCAAUCCAAAUAAGUUCCUUUCCUUAAAAUCAAUCAUGGAUGGAAUCAGCGGAGAUUUGCAAACAAAAUAUCAGAAAGUAGCAUCAGAGUAUUCCAAGGUUCGUGCUCAGGUUGCUGUUCUGAAAAAAGCUGUAUUAGAUGAGCAGACAAAAAACUCAGAGCUCCGUGAUACACUUAAGGAGAGAGAGCAGGGCUUGCGGAAAGCUGAACAAGAAAUGGACAGCCUUACAUUUCGUAACCAACAGCUUACGAAGCGGGUCACUGUGCUGCAGGAUGAACUUGAAUCAAUGAGCAAAGUGAAGAAAAGUAAAAGUAAGACACCUGAUACUAGUACUGGGUAUAAUAAUGAGGUGAUGGGAGAGGAACUACAUAAAACUAUAACUGAAAAUGCUAAAUUAUUGUCCUUACUGCAUGACAAGGAAGAAUCCCACCGUCAAGACAUUGAACACCUUUCUCAGAGGAUUGAACAAUUAGAGCAUGAAUUGCGCACUCAACAAGACCAACAUAAGAAAGCACUUGUGAAACUUGAGGCUGAGAAAGCAUCUGCUUCUGUUGGAUCUUCGUUACCUGCUGCUUCCAACACUUCAUCACAUCAUGUUAACAGUCGCCUAGACCAAAGGGUUGAGGCAUUACAAAAAUCAAACAUAGAACUGACUGGGCAUGCACGGGAAUUAAACUCUCAGCGACUUCAACUCACCUCACAGCUAGAGGAUGCAACAAGAAUUAUUAGAACUCAUCUCCCUUUUAUUGAUUCGAGUGAUCGAGAUCUAAAUGAAUUAAACAUCCCACAUCAUGAUCGAGGGCACCAGGCAAAGGUGCUAAGGACUGUGAAUGUGGCUGGCACUCAUGUUGAAGAAAUGGCAAGUGCUCUUGAGGCCUUCCAUUCACAUGUGCGUAAUCGUCUGUUAAUUGUGCAUGGCACUCUUAGCCCACUUAAUUCGAAGUUUUCUGAGCACCUUCUUGAUAGUGGAAGACAAUUGCACCAGCUAAAGCAGGGUUAUUUUGACUUUCAACAAGGCCUUGAAUGUGAAACUUGGACUCUUGACACUGCCCCUUCGUUGUUUGCCUUCAGUAGGCCUCUCAGGUGUUACAGUCUUUAUCUCCAGAAGCUGCAGCCCUAUUGCCAGCUCAGCAUGGAAGAAGAAUGUGUUCUUUUUGGAGCAUCUGAUGAACUACUUGCUGCAAGUCGGGAUGUUGUUUCAUGUUCUGCACAAUUCAGUGUGCAGAUCAUUAAGAUAUCCGGUUAUGUUCAACUUCUGGCUGGACAGAACAGAAGACACUCUCAGCAUCCUGUUGAAUCUCAGCAUCGAUUUCUUAAUGAAUUGGGUCAAGCUCUAAAGCUUCUGCACGAAGCUAUACAAGAUUUACUAUGUGCAUAUACUGUUAAAUUUUCUGUCGAAAAGGAAAAUGGAACCAAUUUAGAUGUCAAUAUUCAAGAGGAAUCAGAUGGUAUUUUGAGCACAUUAGCCUCAGCUGUUACGUCUGCCAAAAAGGUGGUAGAAGUUUUGGAUGGGUACCAGUCCUCACAUGGGGGAGAUUCUCAAUGUGGUAAACAAGCGCAUCCAACUGUAACAGCAUUUAGGAAAAGAGCAGCUUAUUACCUCGCCUCUUUAGAGCAAGAGGAGCCUCGCUCAGUCCCUUAUGAAGAAGCUUUAAACGUACAAGUUGAGAUUCGAAGCAAAGCAGAAAGUUGUAAAGCUCUUCUGUCUCAGCUACAUUCUAUUCAGGACCAGGCUGCUCAAGCUGAGAGGGACCGUGAACAUUGGCAGCAAGAAUAUCACCUGCUGCUUAUGCGUCAAGAAUCACAUGAAGAAAAUGUGAAAAAUUCAUCACCUGCUGUAACAGAAACCAAAGAUAGUGAUGGGACUAAAACAGUUGUAACAAAUUUGUUGGGAAAACUCGUGGUCCCAACAAUGACACCACCAGAAGUUGAGGCUAGAGAAGAAAAGUUAAAGGAAUACUUUCGAUCGCGUCUUAACGAAUUAGUGGCCAGCUGUCAAAACUCUGAAGGCAAAGCUACAACAUUUAUGUCUGAGUGUGCUGUACUGAAAGCUCGACUCGAGGAUGCUGUACAGUGUCAGAAAUUAUGUGAAGAGCGAGCUUUAAGGUUGUCAGAAGAGUUGACUUCUACUACCCAAGGCUAUGAUGCUCAAUUAGCAGUAAUGUCUGAGCAUUUAGCAAAUAUGAAUGAUAAACUUGCCCUCCAAAAAGACACUAUUGACCAUCUAAAGUUUCAGUCCAAGUCCAAGAGUAAAGGGAAACAGAAAUAAUUGUCUUUGUUUGCACUGAGUCUUCAUUAGAUAUGAAAAAGUGUUAACAAACCAAAGCUGCCGAGAACAAUGGUAGCAAAUAAAUUAUUAAUUUGGGCUAGUCAAGGCUUUCUACCUAUGAUCAUGCUAUGAUGGAGACAAAAAUUCUUAUCAGUAAUGGGUUUGUUGGCUAGACAGGUAUCAGUAAACCCAUCGUUUGUAAUCAUGUAAUUCACUUUAAAAGUUGUUCUGGCAAUUAAUUAUGAUGAUUUGUCACAAUAUGGGUCCUGAACUUCAUCUCUUUUCUACUAAUUUUUCAGGAAUGUGAUCAAAUUUUGUGAUGGUAAUAGUUAUUUUACAAAUAUUUAUCUUUGUAUAUGUAUUGUUGUCAUGAUAUGCUUAAAAAUGCUCUUUUGUAUGAUUGAUUAUUCUAUUAAAUGUCAUACUUUGCUUUCUGUUA